AUGGAAAAGAAAUUUGAAGAACUUGUUGGUAAACCGAAUAUUUCUCCACUAUCAAUUGAUAUUCUUCGACAAAUCUCAUUAAUUCUUAAAGGACAAGAUAAUGGAUGUUUGUGUUCAUUUAUACACAAGUCAUAUGAAUCAUUAUUGGUGGUUGAACGAUGGGUGUGGAAAGUACUCAGUAGUGGUUACUUUGAUGAAUGGAUCAAUGACGAACAUUAUCAAGAGUUCUUUUAUACUAUUGCAUCAUUCAACAAGAACCUAAUUUUCAACAAUGAUGAUAUUGAACUAAGUGUCAAGGCUGCACUUCUUUUAUCAGUUAGCACUGAUCAAGUGAGUUCUAUUUUCAAACAAAUCAAUCAAACUGAUAAUGAUAAUGAAAUGUUUAUCACUGUUGCUUCUCUUUGGUUUGAUAAUCAUUCAUGUUUCAUACAUUAUAAUCCUCCUGCCCAUGCAUUCCCUAUCACGGAUCAUAUCAAUCAAUAUAUUCUACAUAACUAUAUACUAAGCAAUCAAUACAAAACUUAUUUAAAUGAACUGUCACAAUCUGUGAUACCACAAUCUGUAUUCACUGCUAAAAUGUUAUUCUACAUUAGAACAUGUUCAUUUUCUAUAUUUUCUUAUGUAAAUCCGAAUACUCAUAAGAUUUCAUGUACUGCUGAUGAAUUGGUUCAUUGGAUUCGAGAUGACUAUUUGCAGAUAGUUCAUAUUCAUAGUCUUACUGUAGCAUUAUGGAGCAAGGAACUAUUAGGAUGUAUGACUCAGUUAAUUUCUUUUGUUGGUGGACUGUGCUGGUGGGACGGACAUUCCAAAAAACAGAUUAAAGUUCUAUUUGUUACAGAACAGAUUAUUUACGAUCAUAUAGAAGAUCUCAUGCGGAUUAUUGAUUACAGACCAUUUCAUAAAGAAAUGAAAUCUGUACGAUCAAAUGAUGAGACGAGCAUCAUGGAUGCAGCUUUGAUGAUUUUAAUGCGUAUGGUACAAACGGAAAAUAUUAGUUGGUUUUUUCGUUCAAAUGUAUCAAUACAAAAUGCGCUGUCAACUUUAGGCGAAGGAGCACUAUACGACGAGAUUGGUUUAAGCGUAUAUGGUAUAUUAGGCAAAGUUUUAAGUGAUGAACAACUUAAAAAUUUGAAAAUUGCAAAUAGUAUGGGUGUUUUUUUCUUUAAUAUGCUUGAAAAAGCUUGGCAUCAUCCAUUAAAAAAAUACAGACAAAUACGAAUCGAAUAUUUAUUGCAAGGGUCCGUCAACUUAUCGAAGCAUGAUUUUAUUCAACAAGAAACAGCUAAAAUGAGCAAAAUACCACUUUUUAUUGAAAUGUCUGAUCAAUAUCCAAUUGUAUUUGAUAUCAUAUGGGCAUUGUCAUUCAAUCAUGAUAUCCAACAACAACUUCGUUCUCAUUCAUCAUUUAUCCAUAAAUUAUCUCAACUAGCUAAAGAAUCUAAUGAUGAACAAAUGUGUAAAACUGCUCAUGGUAUUCUUUGGAAUCUUGAAAUCAAUCAUCAAGAUAGAUCAAUAUCACAAAGUACUAAUGAAAAUACUUUCCAUAUUAUGAUUAGUUAUUCGCACAAAGAAAAAGUUCUUUGUAAACAACUCUAUGAUGAACUAACUAAAAAUGGUUAUCGUGUUUGGAUUGAUUUUGAUCAAAUGCAUGGAAAUGUCAUGGAUGCAAUGGCACAAGCAAUUGAUCGAUCAGAAAUUAUUAUUAUUUGUAUGAGUGAACAAUAUCGACAAAGU